AUGAAUGAAAAUGUAAGUAAUAAAAUUAUUGGGAUUGACCUUGGAACAACUAAUUCGUGUGUAGCGAUUAUGGAGGGAAGAAAUUCUCGAGUAUUAGAAAAUGCUGAAGGUGGACGAACUACUCCUUCGGUGGUUUCUUUUGAUAAAGAAAGAAAAACAAUUUUGGUAGGAAAAAGUGCUAAAAAUAAUGUGGCUUUUAAUCCUGAUGAAACUAUUUUCUCCAUCAAAAGUAAAAUGGGAACUAGUGAAAAAGUUAAGUUAGGUGGUAAGGAAAUGAAGCCGGAGCAAGUAUCGGCCAUAAUUUUACGCCAUUUAGUGGAUUAUGCCGAAGACAAGUUGAAAAGUGAAUUACAUGGAAAAAAGUUGGCACGGGUGGUAAUAACUAUUCCGGCUCGUUUCAAAGAUGCUGCUCGACAAGCAACUAGGGAUGCGGGAGAAAUUGCCGGUCUAAAAGUUGAAAGAAUUAUUAACGAACCAACUGCCGCUGCUUUAGCUUAUGGUCUUGAUAGAACUGAACGAGAUCAAAAGGUUCUAGUUUAUGAUUUAGGAGGAGGAACUUUUGAUGUUUCGGUUCUCCAAAUCACAAAAGGGGAAGAAGGAGGAACUUUUGAAGUGGUUUCCACCGCGGGUAAUGAUAAACUAGGGGGUGACAAUUUUAAUCAGAAAAUAUUUAACUAUGCCUUAGAGGAAUUUAAGCGAAAAAAUAAUAUUGAUCUGCUUGCAGAGGUUAAAGAAGAGAAAAAAAAUGAAACUAUACUAAGGUUAAAGGCGGCUAGUGAAGAAGUUAAGGAAAGACUGUCAGGGAAUUUGACUGAAAGGUUCUCGGUAGCUUAUAUCCCCUUGAAAAGCGGCAAUUUGGUUAACAUAGAUAUAGAAAUUACUCGGGCUAGAUUUGAAGAAUUAAGUAAAGAAUAUAUGAGAGACACUGCGGUUGAAGUUGACAAAGCUUUAAAGGAGGCUAAGUAUGGGGAAUUAAAAAAAGAAGAUAUUGAUCAAAUAAUUCUAGUGGGGGGUUCAACUCGGAUGCCAAUGGUAGAGAAAUUGAUGAGAGAAAAAUUUGGAGAAAAAAAAAUUAAUAAAUCAGUAAAUCCGGAUGAAGUGGUAGCCAUCGGAGCAGCUAUUCAAGGUGGAAUUUUGAUGGGCGAUGUUAAGGACAUUUUGCUCUUAGAAGUGGCUCCUCUUUCUUUGGGUAUUGAAACUGACAAAGGAGUUAACACUAUUCUUAUUCCCCGCAACACGACAAUUCCUACGACUAAGAAGCAAAUUUUUUCUACAGCGGUUGAUAAUCAACCGAGUGUCCACAUUCGGGUUCUACAAGGGGAAAGACCAAGAGCUAAAGACAACAAAGAAUUAGGAAAAUUCGAGUUAACUGGCAUUGCUCCUGCUCCCCGUGGCGUUCCCCAAAUUGAGGUGGCUUUUGAUAUUGAUUCUGAUGGAAUUUUAAAAAUCACCGCAACCGAUCUUCAAUCUAAAAAAGGAGAAUCUUUAACCGUAGAAGGAGGUCGUGGAUUAAGUAAAACCGAAAUCGAAAGAAUGGCUAACCAGGAGUUACUUAAUCGUGCUCAAACUUAUUGCCAUACUUUUGGAAAACAGUUAGAAGAAUUUAAAAAACAUAAAGAUUUCAAAGAGGAUGAUCCUCAAUUUCAAGAGUUUAAAAAAUUAUACAAUAAUUUAAAAGAGGCUACCAAGUCAGCCGAAGAAGCCAAAGAGGAAAGUGAAAAAAAGGAAAAAUUACUGGAAGUGGAAAAACAAGUAAAAAAAAUUGAUGAAUUAAUGAAACUUUCCAACGAAUUGAUGCAAAAAAUGCCUAAGGAAGAAAAAAAAGAUGAUGAAGGUUAUGCCAGUGAUGGAGAAGAAGGAGUAGUGGACGUUGAGCCUGAAAAAAAAGAUGAUGACAAAUAA